CACCAGCCUGGUGGCCCUGAGAAAGUUCCACUGCAAGGGGCCCCAUGCAAGAGGCAUCGCCGUUUCCCUCUUCCACCCUGUCUAGGUUGCCAGAAGAUCUCAAAACUCUCCGAGAGUGAGGCUGGACCCACCCGCGGGUCCCUCCUUGGCGCAGAUGAGUUUGUGGAUUACCCGACCCAGACUGUUGCUAUUGGUUCUCCAGCUGUUUGCCAAGGCAUGGAGCUACAACCUGGACACUCGGCAUGCACAGAGCUUCCUGGCACAGGCUGGAAGACAUUUUGGGUAUCGGGUCUUGCAGGUCGGAGAUGGGGUUGUCGUGGGAGCUCCAGGUGAAGGGAACAGCACCGGGAGCCUCUAUCAUUGUCAUCCGAGCAGUGGCUCCUGCCAACCAGUCAGCCUGCGUGGUUCUAACUAUACCUCCAAGUACUUGGGAAUGACCUUGGUGACAGAAGCCGCCAAGGGAAACCUUUUGGCCUGUGAUCCUGGACUGUCUCGGUCAUGUGACCAGAACUCCUACCUCAGUGGCCUGUGCUACUACUUUCCCCAGGGCCUGAGUGGACGGAUGUUACAAAGUCGACCUGCUUAUCAGGAAUGUCUGAAGGGCAACGUGGACCUGGUAUUUCUGUUUGAUGGCUCAAUGAGCUUGGAGGAAAAGGAAUUUGUAAAAAUCUUGGAGUUCAUGAAGGAUGUGAUGAGGAAACUCAGCAACACUUCCUACCAGUUUGCUGCUGUUCAGUUUUCUACAUUGUUCAAGACAGAAUUUACUUUCUUGGAUUACGUCAAGCACAAGGAAAACCCCGACGUGCUGCUCGACUCGGUGAAGCACAUGUGCAGGUUGACCAACACCUUCGGUGCCGUCAACUACGUGGUGAAAAAUGUGUUCACAGAAGAGUCCGGUGCCAGGCCAGAUGCUACCAAGGUGCUCAUCAUCAUUACAGACGGGGAGGCCACCGACAGUGGGGACAUCGACGCAGCCCAAGGCAUCGUCCGAUACAUCAUUGGGAUUGGAAGGCAUUUUAACAACCCAGAAAGCCAGGAGACUCUCCAUAUAUUUGCCUCAAAACCCACAGAGCAAUUCGUCAAGAUUCUGGACACCUUUGAGAAGCUGAAGGAUCUGUUUACUGAGCUGCAGAAGAGGAUUUAUGUGAUCGAGGGCACAAGCAAACAGGACCUGACAUCCUUUAACAUGGAGCUGUCCUCCAGCGGGAUCAGUGCAGACCUCAGCAAGGGCCAUGCAGUUGUGGGAGCAGUUGGAGCCAAGGACUGGGCUGGGGGCUUUCUGGACCUCAAUGAAGAGCUGCAGAAUGUCACAUUUGUGGGACAUGAACAGCUGACCACAGAUGUGAGAGCAGGCUAUCUGGGUUACACUGUGGCCUGGCUGCCCUCCCGUAGCUCUCUGCCACUAUUGGCAGCAGGAGCCCCACGGUACCAGCAUGUGGGGCAAGUGUUGCUCUUCCAAGCACCAGAGGCCAGAGGACACUGGAAGCAGACCCAGAAGAUAGAGGGGACUCAGAUUGGAUCUUAUUUUGGUGGGGAGCUGUGUAGCGUCGAUUUGGACCAAGAUGGAGAGGCAGAGCUGUUGCUGAUUGGGGCACCCAUGUUCUAUGGGGAGCAGAGAGGAGGCCGAGUGUUCAUUUACCGGAGAAGACAGGCACUGUUCGAAAUGGUCUCAGAGCUGCAAGGUGACCCUGGCCACCCUCUUGGACGGUUUGGAGCUGCCAUAACUGCCUUGACAGACCUCAAUGGAGAUGAGCUGACAGACGUGGCCAUUGGAGCCCCUCUGGAGGAGCAGGGGGCUGUGUAUAUCUUCAAUGGGCAGCCUGGUGGGCUCAAUCCCCAGCCGAGCCAGCGAAUACAAGGAGCCCAGGUGUCCCCGGGGAUCCAGUGGUUUGGACGCUCCAUCCAUGGGGUGAAGGACAUCGGAGGGGACAGGCUGGCAGAUGUGGUUGUAGGAGCCAAGGGCCAGGUGACUGUGCUGAGCUCGAGGCCCGUGGUGGACGUUGUCACUGAGAUGUCCUUCUCCCCAGACGAGAUCUCAGUACAUGAGGUGGAGUGCUCCUACUCAGCCAGCCAGGAGCAGAGGAAAGGGGUCAAGCUCAAGGUGUGCUUCCAGAUCCAGGCCCUCACGGCUCGGUUUCAAGGUCGCCUGCUUGCCAAUCUUAGCUACACCCUGCAGCUGGAUGGCCAUCGGACAAGGAGCCGAGGUCUGUUCCCAGGAGGAAGCCACAAGUUCAGUGGGAGCACAUUUGUCACCCCAGAAAAAUCCUGCAUGGACUUCCAGUUUCACUUCCCAGUCUGCAUUCAAGACCUUAUCUCCCCUAUCAACGUCUCUCUGAAUUUCUCUCUUGUGGAGGAGGAAGGAACACCUAGGGACCAAAAGGCGACCAGGGACAUGCAGCCGAUCCUGAGGCCGUCCGUGCAUGCAGUGACUAAGGAGAUCCCUUUUGAGAAGAACUGUGGCGAGGACAAGAAGUGUGAGGCAAACCUGGCCCUCUCAUCCCCAGCCAGCUCUGGAGUCCUACGUCUGACGUCCUCUGCCAGCCUUGCUGUGGAGUGGACGCUGAAGAAUUUGGGAGAAGAUGCUUACUGGGUGCAGCUGGGCUUGCUAUUCCCUUGGGGACUCUCUUUCCGCAAAGUGGAGAUGCUUAAGCCCCACAGCCAAAUGCCUGUGAGCUGCGAGGAGCUCAACGACGAGUCGGGUCUCCUGACCAAGAAACUGGCGUGCAAUGUAAGCUCUCCCAUCUUCAAAGCAGACCGAGAGGUCAGCCUCCAAGUGAUGUUUAACACGCUACUCAACGCGUCCUGGGGAGACUUUGUCGAGCUGAAAGGCACUGUGCACUGUGAGAACGAGAACUUAAGCCUUCUGGAGGACAACUCAGUCACCACCCGCAUCCCUGUCCUGUACCCAGUGAACAUCCUCACUGAGGACCAGGAGAACUCCACACUCUAUAUUGGUUUCACCCCUAAAGGUCCCAAGACCCAACCAGUCCAGCAUCUCUACCAGGUGACGAUUCAGCCUUCUGCCUACGACCACAGCACCCCGACACUGGAGGCCUUGGUGGGGGUGCCGCGGCCUCACAGUGAGGACCCCAUCACACACACAUGGACUGUACAGACGGAUCCUCCUGUCACUUGCCACUAUGAGGACCUGAAGAGGCCACCCGGUGACGCUGAGCAGCCUUGUGUGCCUGGAGUCCAGUUCCGCUGCCCAAUUGUCUUCAGGCAGGAGACCCUCAUCCGAGUGACCGGGACCGUGGAACUCUUGGAGGAAAUCAAGGCCUCCUCCACACUCAGCCUCUGCAGCUCACUCACCAUCUCCUUCAACAGCAGCAAGCACUUCCAUCUGUACGGCAGCAAAGGCUCCAAGGCCCAGGUCCUCAUGAAGGUCGAUGUGGUGUACGAGAAGGAAAUGCUUCACCUGUACGUGCUCAGCGGCACUGGGGGGCUGCUGUUACUGUUGCUGAUUUUCCUAGCACUGUACAAGGUUGGCUUCUUCAAACGGAACCUGAAGGAGAAGAUGGAGGCUGACGAGGCUGUUCCAAGCGGAAGCCCUGGCGAAGACGCUAACCCUCUGGCAGUCUCUGGGGAAGAGACCAAAGAUCUGGACUGUCUAGAACCCCUCCACACCAGUGACAAGGACUAAGGCCUGGGCCUGAUACACUGGCAGCCCAGGAAUAGACUUGACAGCCCUGGCGCUGACCAGCUUCAGCCGCAUGCCACCGUGUACCCUCUCCUUGCCUAGUCAUGACUGCUCCUGGUCCUCGGUUCCCCUGUCUGAAGCAUAGAGCUCAUUCCUACACUAUCUGCAGGUGCAUGGCAAGUCGGCUGAGGGAGGCCAGGAGGGCCAUCGGUGAAGCCUGCCUUCCGCUAGCCCGCCUUGUUGUCCGCCUGAGAGAAUCUUUGCAAUAAACCUGGAGGAACUGUCAUCUCAGAACCCAGUAAUAUUCCAGCCCUCCCAAGUGCCCCAUGCUGUCCCAGCCUUCCGGAUCUGCCCCACACUCUCUCUCUCUCCUGCCUGGAGGCUAGCCGGGACUCUGUCGCCAGACAGCAAGCACACCCCACCUGUGUCACUGCAUUGCUACUGCAGAUGCCUUCUUCUUGAGCAAAGGCAACGUUCCUUGGUGAGCCUCAGGAGGCCUUCCCAAGCCUCUGCUGACGAUGACCCAUCUCUUAUGUCUCUUUCCUGCCUCUCUGCCCCAGGCUGCAGCUGCCUCAGCCUUUUCAGAGUC